AUGGACCGGUUUGAAACAAACCCUAAAAUCCCCCCUAACCCACUAUCCAGGAAGACCUCUGUCUGCAAAUCCACCGAGCCGGCUGACAGCGGUCAAGGCUGGAACCUCUACGUGAUCAGUUCUGUGUCCACACUGCAGCUCUACAGAGAAAUAGUGGAAUACAGUAAGCGAUACGAGCAGUCGUUGUCUCAUAGUUGCAUUCACCUGCUGAGUGAGGGUCACCUGCUCCUGCGGACGGCACUGCUCAGCCUGCAGGACUGCGAUUCUGCCGAGAGAGCGCAGCUGCAGGAGGCCUUUCAGGAGAGCUGUGCUCAUUUAGGAGACUGCUUCAGCAGGUUUGAUAAGAAGGACUGUCAUUUGGCUCUUCCGUACUAUAAGAUGUCAGGCCUCACUGUGACGGAUGUUAUCAAGAGGAAUAUGUCCAUGAGUGGCAUCUCAAACGGUUACGGCAAAGGGUUUAUCUUCUUCCUGAAGCAUUCGAUCUAUGAGGAAACCAUGGAGGAGCAUAUAAAACAGUUGUUGUAA